GUUCUCUAUCUUGUUAUCCGCAAUAGCUCUCGUCGCUUUGGUUCUAAUUUACCAAAAAUAUGUUCAAGGCACGACUAUUCCAUUCGCCCAGCGAUUGAGCGCUGAAAUUUUCAUCGUACUGCAGACGUUUCUUCAAGAAUCAACAAAAAAUCGCUUUCAGGCGUACUUCACGAAAUUGGUGGGGGGAAUUUGGAUAACCAGUAGUUUCAUCAUUUGUCAGCUGUACACCUCGCAGGGAAAAGCCACCCUAGCGGUGAAGAGUCCAACAUUACGCGUGGAUACAAUUACUAUGCUUAACAAGCUGCCUGAAUUAACCAUCAUUUACCCGAAAAACGCUCCCAUCAAUGGACUACUUAACGAGAUGACCCAUGAACGAGGUGAACCCUUCCGAACUCAUAUGGAAAAGAAUAGCAAGGGUGUCCACAUAUCGGAAAUAUAUAAUACAGAAACACAAGAUAACCUCAUCCGUGGUCAGGCCGUUGUUAUAAUGGACGUUACAAGCAUCAGGAAAAAUGUAUAUAGAUGGUGCAAAACAACCAAGUAUUUCUAUUACAUCAGCGCUCAGAGUCUCGUAGAUACUGUGCCGGUAUUUUUAGCAUCUAAGAAUCUUCCCGAAGGACUUAAUGAGGCCUUCGACCGCAAGAUAGAGUGGCUUUCGGCGAUGGAUGUACCAUUUAUGAAAUUUCUGGAAAUAUUUGACGGGAACGAUGCAUGCAUUGCGUCGCGAUCACGAGGUCAAAGCGAAACCGUCCAAGCGUUAAGUAUUCAGGACAUUGAAGUUACGUACUACACAUGGCUCUCUGGUGCUGCAGGCGCAGUGGCUCUGUUCCUUCUUGAGCGUAUGUACUUUGUCGCUUCCAGAUCCUGUGCUGCAAGGAACUGGAACGGAUAUGCAGUAUCGAUGAACUUUCAUUAAUUAUAUCCGUAUAUGAAAAGUUGCAACAUCCUUAACACACUGUCUCGUAGGUUAUUUUACGAAGAUGAUAUGUUCCAACGAAUAUCUUUACUGUAAAUUAUUAAAAUUCUUUAAUAAAAAAAAA